AUGGCGACCAAGCCCUACCUCCUCGGGGGGGACACGCACGCCACCUCCCUCGCGGCCUUCGACUCCGGCGUCGGCAUCUUCAAGUCGAGCGCUCUGGAGACGGCGGCGGACUCGGCGCUGGUCCCGCCGGAGCUCGGCGCCCCGGCGGUGGCGCGGCCGCGUCUGCGCCGGGACUCCUCCGGGUCCGGCAAGAAGAAGCAGCAGCAGCAGGAGGCGGGCAGUGGUGUCGUCGGGGUCAAGAAGCCGCCGCAGCGCGGUCUCGGCGUGGCGGAGCUCGAGCGGCUCCGUUGCGGGGGCGACCCGCUGCUCGAGCUCUCCGCCUUCGUCGGGGACGCUGCUGCCGGCGCGCAGGGGCAGGGCCACCCGCUGCUCCACUGUCAUCACCACCGCCACGACCUGCAGAUGCCGGCCUCCGCGUUCGGAGCCGCCGCAGGCGCGCGCUACUGCUCGCAGCUGCUGGCCCCGGCGCCGCCACCGGGCCCAGUCUGCGUCCUCCACCCGCCCGUGGCGCCGGAGCAGCAGUACUUCAGGGACCGGUGGAGCCGCAUGGGAGGCUUCUCCAUGGCGGGCGGUGGCGCUGACCACCAGUCCCCGUCCCAGUCCCAGCUGCUGCCGGCGACACUGGCACCAGAGCACCCUUCAAGCCAAAGCACUAUCUGGCGUCCUGCUGUGUCCUCCUCCUCCUGCCUCCACACCGGCCACCGCUGCGACAUCUGCUCCAGGAGGAUCAGAGCCUUGACAGAGAAUGGAGGACCACUGGCACCGACGCCUCCAGACUACUCCAUCUACAAUCUUGCCACAGCCAUGGCCACCGCUCGCCAGGGAGACGCGUUCUUGGCGCGGGAGAGGAAGCAAGGACCGGCGGAGGCCGAGGCGCCGGCGAAGAAGGAUGUGAGGGAGAUCGAGUUCUUCCCGGCGGCAAGCGCGUACCACACUGGCAAGAGUGGCCGAAUCUCCGUCCCCAACCCCAACGAGUCGGAGCUCACGGCGCCCUUCUCCUCCCCGUACGGCGCCGCCGCCAGCCACACCGCACCGCAGCUUGAUCUGUCACUGAGGCUGUAG